UCUCUCUGCCCGAGAUUCAAGGCAGCAGAGUGACAGUACAGCUGUAACAGCAGCAUACGUACAGUGCAGCUCCCCAUCUGCCAUCCUCUGCUCUCCUAUCAAGAUGGAAGAUGAAAAUUAGCUUUUUGUUUUGUAUGGUUGUUAAAGCAGGGCUUGAGAAAUAUCCUCACAGGAGCUGUAUAAAUGCAAGGAGGGCAUGUAUAUUGCAAUCUGUGAGCUUCAGAGCUCUCAAGAGAACUAGAGCAUCUAUUCUCCUUCAGAUCUCCACCCCAACUGUGCAUUUCUGAUUUCAAAAGGAGAUUGUUUUUUUUUUUUUAAUUCUCCUAAAGAUACUCUUGUGGAAAACCUCUGCACUGCUGACAUAGAAGAAAACAGUAGGGCUAAUAGCAGAAACAGAGGACUGGUUCCCUGCAUCCUCGGUGAAACAAAAAGGGAAUGCUUCUAACGCUGUUGGAUGAGAGAGAUCCCUUUCCUCUGAAGAGAAAUUAAACUGAUGGACAAUCUGUACUGGAGCCAUGGGAUGUGGCACUUCUGUAACUGAGAGUCAGGCAAAAAAAUCAGAGAAAGACAUCAAAAAAGUGUGAAAGUUCAUUGGUGUGGCUGUUUGGAAGUCUGACACUCAGAUAGAAUAUAAUAUGGGUUUAAGAAGGACAGUGUGGGCCUUACUCAUGCACAAACAAAACAAAUCGAAACAAAAAAAACAUGAUGCAAACUGCUUUCUAUUAAUAAAAGCUGUUAAAAAUUCCUUUCUGGGAAAGACCUUAGUUUUUAACUGCAGCCUGAAAAAGAAGAAAUCUGUAUUGCAUGUGAAGAAGCAGCCAAUAACAAUUAAGGCCGCUAUCCUUAUUCAGAGAUGGUAUCGCUGUGCAAUGGCCCGACUAGAAAUGAGGCGACGAUAUGCUCUGAAUAUUUUUCAAUCUAUUGAAUAUGCUGAAGAGCAAGCACAACUACAGCUGUCCGAUUUUUUCACAUUCAUGCUGGAUCACUUUACUCAGCUCAAUGAGACCGACACAGAUUCAGUUUCUCACUUUUUUGAUGGCAUCAGUGAUUUUAAUACCACCAGUUCAGACCUUGUGUUACUAGAAUAUGAGAAGAUGAUAGAGGUUCCACACUCCUAUCGUGGACCUCGGCUGUCCUUUCCACUCACUGCUGAGGAUACUGCUGCUCUACUUCAUGCUUUCAAGUACCACCAGCAACUGCAUGCCCGCUAUGUGUUACAGCUUCUACAUGAAACAAGGAGAGUUCUUCGACAGAUGCCAAACAUCACCCAUCUGUCGACUUCCUAUUCCAAAGAGAUAACCAUCUGUGGUGAUUUGCAUGGAAAACUGGAUGAUCUUUUGCUGAUAUUCUAUAAGAAUGGCGUGCCUUCAGAACAAAACCCUUACCUUUUUAAUGGUGAUUUUGUUGAUAGAGGGAAAAAUUCCAUGGAAAUACUCAUCAUCCUGUUUGCAUUUCUUCUUGUCUACCCUAAUGAUUUACACUUGAACAGAGGGAACCAUGAGGACCAUCUCAUAAACCUGAGAUAUGGCUUCACAAAAGAAGUGAUGAAGAAGUAUCGGUACCAUGGGCAAAAAAUUUUACACCUUCUGGAAGACGUCUUUAGCUGGCUUCCCCUUGCUACUAUAAUUGACAGCAAAGUAUUAAUCUUGCAUGGAGGGAUUUCAGACACUACAGAUUUGGAUCUCCUAAAUUUGUUUAGCAGAAAUAAGAUGAAGUCUGUACUGAAACCACCAAAGCCACACACAGAGAAAAAAUCCAGCUUGAACAAAACUGGCUUGGUUGAGCAGCAUUCCUCUAUAUCGAAGCGAAUGGCCAAGUCUCCAGCAAUGUCUGGCUAUAGAGGACCACACACCAAUGACCGCUCAGAUGCUGAGGAACGUACUCGCCGGCUUCAUGGUGGUACCCGCUCUGACCUUCCCUCUCAGAUGCACUAUCUGGAGUCCAGUGCUUGUAAGCUGCCAGAAUUGACGGCAAAGGAAUGGAAACAAGUGGUUGAUAUUUUGUGGAGUGAUCCAAAAACCCAAAAGGGCUGCACAUCAAACAAAUAUCGAGGAGCUGGUUGCUACUUUGGCCCUGAUGUUACUUCCAGACUGCUUAAAAAGUAUAAUCUGAAGAUGCUCAUCAGAUCUCAUGAAUGUAAACAAGAAGGUUAUGAGGUCAUCCAUGGAGGGAAGGUCAUCACUAUUUUUUCUGCCUCUAACUACUAUGAAGAGGGAAGCAAUCGUGGUGCUUACAUCAAGUUGAAUCCUGAUCUGAUACCUCGCUUUGUACAGUAUCAAGUCAGUAAACACACACGCAAAGAGACGCUUAACCAAAGGGUGAGUGUAGUUGAAUGUUCUGCCUUAAAGUCACUAAGAGAGAAAAUUUACAUGCAUAAAUUAGAACUCACUGAAACUUUCAAACAAUACGACCCCAAUGAUACAGGGUAUAUUUCUGUCGGUGAGUGGGCCUUGGCAAUGGAAUCUGUCUUGCAUCUGGAUCUCCCUUGGAGGACACUGCGCUCUCAAUUGGUGCAGCUUGGCUCAGAUGAAAGUGUUGACUAUCUUUCAUGUUUCGAUGAUUUGGAAAUAGAGCGACCUCUGAAAGAGGUUCAACCAGCAUUGGUGGAAACCUUUUGCAGAUACAGAAAUGAUUUGGAGAUAAUCUUCAACAUCAUUGACAAAGAUCGUUCAGGUCUGAUCUCCAUUGAGGAGUUUCGCCAAACAUGGAGGUUCUUUAGCUCUCAUCUGAACAUCAACAUAGAUGAUGAAGCCAUUAACAAGCUCGCCCAUGCCAUAGACUUCAACAAAGAUGGCAGCAUUGAUUUCAAUGAAUUUUUAGAGGCGUUUCAUGUGGUUCAUAAGUUUGAAAAGAGAAAGGACCAGUGAAAGAGCAGAAUUCCCCUGAGGAGUUCUUGUCAGGAGCUUGCCAGCCUAUUUGCCACUGGUUUCAUGCUGUGCUGAGAUACCUAAUUUCUGGAUGGAAAAUAAUGGACUGCUUGUUCUUGUAAGACAGCCUGGUAAACAUAUGGGGUAGAUAACUAGAAGCCUGGUUCUGGUUGGACAAGUUAUUACUCAAAUCAGUUGUAGAUUGUGGACAGUUGCCAAGCUUGAAAACACUAAUGAGGAGAAGGAAAAAUUAAAGAAGAGAAAACGUUAAUUACCUUCUUAAGGGGGCGGGUUUGUUUCCUGCUAGUGGAGUGUUUCACUGCCAUAUUAACAACCUAAGUUUGACUCCAGUCCCUGUUUCUGUGGCCAUUGAGGUCUGUGAUCACUGCCAACAAAUCACCUAAAGCCUUGGGAGGUUGGGAAGAAGUGUUUCUUGUGGUGCAUGACCAGUCAUUGCAGACAAUUAAUAAGCAGUAUUGAGCACCCUGAAAGGAGUUGUGCAGUGGUUUUUACACUUUGUAUUUCCCCUCAAGUUUUCCCUUAUAGCUGACUACAAAGGGUAGCAUCACUUUGGCCAUGGUUGAAUCUGCCUAUAAAAGAUUCUGCUUUUAAGACGAUGACGAUGUUUUGAUAAAAUAUUAUUUUCCUUUGCUUCAGUAUACGUUAUUCUAAUGAAAACCAGACAAGCCAACCUUAAUAUUAUUUGCAGCUUCCAAGUUGGACAGCUGUGUUGCAGAUGAUUGCAGGUACUGUAAAACUAUAUGGUACUGCAUAGUCGCUUUCCAGAAGAAAGCAAAAUCUGGAACUUGGCACCUCUGCUUGCUUUCAAGCUUGGAACAUAGAGCUCCGGUGGCUUGGAAGAUAUCCAGCCAGUCUGCAUGGGGGGGCAUGCAUAAUCAGUAGCACAGAAAUCACAUACAUUCAUAUUGUGCUCACUUCUAAGUGUUUUCUCCAAUAAAACAUGCACACAAAAGAUGCUAAAUGAAAAGAAAGCAUCUUUCUUUGUGCCAAAGCCUUUGUCUUGGCUAUUAAGACUUAUUUAAAAGCACCGCCACAGCUUCUGGUUGAUUGCUUUGCUGUACCUUGGUCUCAGUAUUAACUGUGCAGUAAAUUACUCUUUGUUCCUUACUAAAAUAAUAAACUAAAUGUUAAAAGAAA